AGCACAAUCGAACGCAGAGUCAGCGUUCGUUCGGUGGCAGUGGUUCAUUAUUUUUUGUGAUUUUCAUAAAUUAAACAAAGAAUUCAACUUGAAAUUGCUAAUUGAGCUCGAAAAUCUCGCGAAAUGUCGGCGGCAAUGCUAACCGCCGACUGGUUCCUCCUGGGCCGAGAUUUAUAUUUUCGAAAAUUCGAAAUCUACACAAUGGGCUGGCACCAAGACAUCAAUUUAGAGAAUUUCAUUGCGUCGUCGGCCCCUUACGGGGGCCCCAUCGCGAUCCGCCGCGACGAACAGAAAUUCAUCAAAGUGCAAGGAAGUGGCCAACCCAUCAUUUCCAUUUUCUCGGGAUCGGGCAGGCAAAUCACUUCGUUUAAAUGGACCAAACGGCCCAUCGUGUGCAUGGGCUGGUCAAACGACGAGAAAUUGAUUUGUAUUCAAGAGGAUGGUGUCGUAGUUUUACACGACAUGUUUGGGAAGUAUUUACACACGUUUGUAAUCAGCCAAAAAAUCCAAGAUGUGAAAAUCGUUGACGCGAAAAUUUUUACAAGUCCGCAAAACCGGACCGGAAUUGCUGUCAUGACGUCAAAUUUUAAAAUCUUCCUCAUUAACAACAUACAAGAGCCCAAAACUAGACAACUGUCGGAGCUAAUAAAAUCAAAUCUGCACCCCACAAGUUGGGUCGUCAUCUCUGAAGACCCCCACACCGAGGUCCUGAUCGCUCGCGAGAAGGAACUCUUCCGUUUGAAACAAGAUGAGCACCACACCAGUCUCAUGCUGGAACCUGAUAUUUCCAACAAAUAUUCAUCGAUUUUGGAAAUGGCAGUUUCGUUUAACGCGCGUCACGUGGCCCUUUUUACCGAUUCGGGUUACUUGUGGUUGGGGUCGUCAAAUUUGCGCACUAAAUACUGCGAAAUUGAUACCAACAUAAUCCACAAACCCAAACAACUGGUCUGGUGUGGGAACGAAUCGGUUGUUGCGUAUUGGGAGAGGGACAAUUCGCUUUUAAUUGUUGGUAAACAUGGGCAGAAAAUGAUGUACACUUAUGAUAGUUCGGUCCAUUUGAGUCCCGAAAUUGACGGCGUGAGAAUUAUAUCAAACACACAACACGAAUUAUUGCAAAAAGUGCCCGAUGUUGUGCAGAAAAUUUUCAGGAUUAACAGCACCGAUCUGGGGAGUUUUCUACUAGAAGCGUCGAAACACUAUCAGAAACGGAGCCACCGCGCAAACGAAUACAUUUGUCUGGUGAAACAGGACUUGGCAAAAGCUGUGGAUCAAUGUAUCAACGCUGUGGGCUACGAAUUUGAUCCAGAAGUCCAAAAAAUGUUGAUCAGGGCCGCACAAUUCGGCAAAUGCUUCAUUGCAUACAUGAAUUCCGACAAAUAUGUGAACAUAAUCCGCCUCCUGCGUGUUUUGAAUGCUGUCAGAGACCCCAAAAUUGGCAUCCCGCUCACAUUCACACAAUUGCAAUUUUUGGGCCAGAAAGUCCUCCUCGACCGCCUGAUCACACGCAAGGAGUAUUUUCUCGCGCUCCAAAUCGCCAAGUAUUUGAAAAUGCCGGAGGAAGAGGGCACCAGUCACAUUCUGGUCCAUUGGGCCAAGUACAAAGUGGGCCAAUCACACCUCGAGGAGGAAACAGUGGCCCGGGAAAUAGCCGAAAAGUUGGGGAACACACCGGGAAUUUCGUACAGUGAAAUUGCCAGCACUGCUUCACAAUUCGGGCGCAAAAAACUCGCCAUCAAGCUACUAGAUUAUGAGUCCAAAGCGAGCGAACAAGUGAAAUUGUUACUAGAAUUGACCGAAAACACGCCAGCUUUGGUCAAGGCGAUCGAGAGUGGCGACACUGACUUGGUCUACAUGGUUAUACUGAAGUUGCGCGAAAAAAUGGCACUUGGCGAUUUUAAAAUGACCAUUCGGAGCUUCCCCGUAGCACAGUCGCUUUAUAUCAAAUAUUGCAAAGAACACAACACGCAAGCUUUGAACGAGAUUUAUAUACAGGAGGAUGAUUUUAGUGCGCAAGCGCAGACUUUCAUCAUGGAAAGUCUCGACGACAAGAAGUCGCACAUGCGCGACUCUUUGCUAACUUCGGCCGCCGAAGCGUAUCGAAAAGGGCGAAAGGACCUAAACGCCUCCCUCUGUGACGAUUAUUUGAAAUUAUCGCGCUUCCAGCGGCAACUUGAUGAAAAAAGCGGCCACCAAAAAUACACCGGAAAGUCUGUUCACGAAACGUGUUUGUUGCUCCUUAAGAGUAACGAAGUGAAAUUGGCGGAAAAGUUCCGCAACGAUUACAAAAUCCCCGAUAAGAGGUUCUGGUGGUUGAGAAUUCAAAGUUUGGCCCAUCUGGAGGACUGGACCGAGUUGGAAAAAUUCUCAAAGGCGAAAAAAUCGCCCAUUGGUUACGCGCCGUUCGUUGAUAUUUGUCUCGAGAAAAAUAACCGACACGAAGCUUUGAAGUAUUUGCCGAGAGUUGGCGACGAUUUGAAAGUGAAAUACUACAUCAAGGCGGAGUGUUUGGAGGACGCGGCCAAGAUAGCGUUCGAGCAGAAGGACAUCCAGAGCCUGCUUUAUGUCCAAACCAAGUGUCCCUCCAACUCGAGUUUAUCGGAGAAAGUGAAUUCGUUCAUUAUGCAGUUAGAUAAUAGGAAAUAAUUGUGAUAUAAACACUUAGAUAAAUAAUAAAUCGACAACUUGAGUCUCA